AUGCUCGCGACCAUGCGGUUUCUAAAAUUAUGGGCCCAGACUCGGAUUUUGGCCUUUCGGGCCAAGGCCAUGCCGAUUCGGCCCUUGUGUUCAGAUCACACGCCCAAUCAGAUUGAUAAACUAUUAGAUUGGGUCUUGGAUCCGCCAAAUGAGGCGGGUGAAACUCAAGCUCAUGCCCAGUUCCACCGGGAAAUGGUGGAUCACUAUUUAAAGCAGGCCACUGGUCGCGAACACUUGUUUGUGGUCCAGCCUUUGUUCUAUCAUGAUCCCACCCUCCAUGCCUCCCUGAACUCUCAAGGUCAAUGCAAGUUGGACGAGACUUUGGCCUUGGUGCGAACAUUGGAGUGGCAAGUCUAUGGCCACACCCUGGCUGAGCAAACCUCGGCCUUGGGUGAUAAUCUAUUGAGUUUUGACAAUAUUCAGCGCGUGAAAACCGCUCUGGCCAAGUUACCCGCCGUGUCCGCCGUGUUAGUCAGCACCUAUAACCUGUCCCAAUCGCAAAGACACGUCCUGGAAGAGGAAUUCGGCCUGCCCGUUCUGGAUCGAUAUCAUUUGAUCCUGCAGAUCUUCCAUCGACAUGCCCGCACUCGUGAGGCCAAGUUGCAAGUGACCUUGUCCGAAAUCCCCUACCUGAAGCGGCGAUUGUAUCAAGACAUGGCCUUGGAAAACGAUAAUAAGCAUAGCAAGCAACGCAUGGGUAAACUCUACUUUGAGAAGCGAGUGACGGCCAUGAAGAAGCGAGAGAAGCAAAUUCACAUGGCCUUGUCCAAGGUCAAAGACCAAAGGGCUGUUCUACGUCGAGAACGAACCAAACAGGGACGAUUUCCCUCAGUGGCCGUGGUAGGCUAUACGAAUAGCGGGAAGACCUCGCUCAUCCAGGCCCUAACCGGGGACAACCUCGAACCCAAGGAUAAGUUAUUUGCAACGCUGGACGUGACUGUUCACCAAGGCCAACUUCCUAAUCUGGCUCCGGUCCUUUUCGUGGACACGGUGGGCUUCAUUUCAGAUAUUCCCACGCAACUCAUCGCUUCGUUCGCUUCCACUCUCGAGGACGCCACACUAGCCGAUUUAAUCAUUCACGUCCGCGAUAUCAGUCAUCCCGAUACGGUCGAACAGAACUCCAAUGUGCUGAAAACGCUCCAAAGUCUUGAUCUGCCCGAGAGCCUUUUUCGGUCCAUGAUUGUGGUGGGCAAUAAAGUGGACAAAGUUCCAUCCGAUCAAUGGCUGACCUUAAAUAAUGGCGGAGCUUUGAUCCCAAUUUCGGCGACACAAGGACUGGGCUUGGAUUUCUUAUUGGGACGGGUUCAGCAGGGCAUCAUGCUGGCCACGGGUCGACGAUAUGUUCGUGUGCGUUGCCGUCAAGGAUCGGAGGAGUAUCUGUGGUUGCAUAAGUUCGUGACCGUGUCCGAGACUCAAGUGGAUUCGAACGAUUUUAAUUACGUGAUAUUGAAAGUGGUCAUGUCUCAACGGGAAAUGGAGCAAUUCAAAAGCCGUCAUCGAUUAGCACACCAAUCUUAAGUGAUCCUGGACAUGUUUCAUAGACGAUGGCGUGGCCAAUCUAACGAUACACUGUCAUAACUUAGACGUCAAUAAAGGCUAGUAAUAUUUCUUU